AAGAUUCUUCCAUAAUUUCUGACAUUUUGUUCCAAAUUUUUUUAGGGGUUUAUCUCAAUGUUGGAUAUCUUCCUUAAUUAAUCUCGUUUUAAAUUUAAUCUUUGGAUCUUAAGGAUAUAAUAUACACACAGAUGAUUGUCGGAUUUGUCGGCUGGUACUUGUGGGACGAAGUUUCAGAGAAAUCCAACUUGCCCAAGUUGAAAAGUGUGAAAGCAGCAAAGACAGUGGUUGACCCAAAAAAAAAGACCAGGCCAAAGAGUUGACUUGGCAUGUUAGAUUCAGAUCGAAUCUCAGAGUUGUCUUUUCCUGCUUUCUUUCAGGUCUGGAGAACAAGAUGACUUCGGCUGCUGUUGAUUUCGGGGUCGGACGGAUCUUAAGCAUAUUGGAAAGCGAAGCCUUGUUGUUGACCGGAAUCCAUGGCGAGGUCGAGAAGACGAGGAAGGGGUUGAUGAUCAUGAACUCCUUCCUUGAGGACACAACCAAACAUGGAGGAACCACAACACAGGUCUUCCAAACAUUUGUCUCCAACACUAGAGACUUAGCCAACCAAAUCGAAGACAUCAUCGACGAGUUCACCUAUCUCAUCAAUGGCUACCACUCCCUCUCCAUGCUUCAACGAGCUUUCCGCCUCCCAAUGUAUAUAUGGACGAAGCGCUCCAUUGCAAGUAAGCUCGAAACAGUGAAUGCCACAAUUCAGGCCUUAUCCGAUACCAUGAAGAGGUAUUCUUCUUCAAAUACGGCGUUACCUGUUGUUGGUGGUGAUGACAGAACAAAACGGGUGAGGAACAUAGGCGAGUCGUCUCUUUUCAUAGGUGAUGACAGUUUGGUGGGUAUAGAUGCAGCCAAAGGGAAGCUAAUAGGGUGGCUUCUGAACUCGGAGCUUCAGAGGACUGUGGUCUCAGUGGUUGGUAUGGGUGGCUCGGGAAAAACGACUCUUGCUGCUAAUAUCUUCAAGUCCCAGAUGGUUCAGACCCAUUUCGAUUCUAGCGCUUGGGUCACUAUAUCUCAGUCCUAUGUGAUUGAAGAUGUCUUCAGGUCCAUGAUCAAAGAAUUCUACAAGGAAGCAGAAACUCAAGUUCCAGGUGAACUCUACUCCAUGAGCUAUAGAGAAUUGGUGGAAAAGCUCGUAAACCAUCUGCAUUCCAAGAGGUAUAUCGUUGUGCUCGAUGACGUGUGGAGCACAAGUUUAUGGACAGAGAUAAGAGUGGCCCUUCCGGAUGGUAUUUGCGGAAGCCGUGUGAUGAUCACUACUCGUGACGAAACAGUGGCUUCGUUCUCCUUUGGGAUCGGGAGCCAAACCCACAAGAUUGAACCCCUUAAUGAAGAAGAAGCUUGGAAGCUUUUCUGCAACAAAGCAUUCUCGGGAAACCUUGAAUGUUGCAGAACGCAGAAUAUAGAACAGAUCGCGAGAAACCUAGUCGAGAGGUGUCAAGGCUUGCCGUUAGCUAUUGUGGCUUUGGGUAGUAUGAUGUCGACAAAGAAGUUGAAAACAGAAUGGAAGAAAGUUUACGAUACCUUGAACUGGGAAUUGAACAACCACCCGGAGUUAAAGGUUGUUCAGAGUAUUUUGUUGCUCAGUUUCAAAGAUCUAUCGUACCCACUUAAACACUGCUUCUUGUACUGUUGUCUUUUCCCUGAAAACUACCGAAUCAGACGGAAGAGACUCGUUAGGAUGUGGAUGGCACAAGGGUUUGUCGAACGUAUCAAAGGAGCAAAACCCGAGGAAGUGGGGGAUAGUUACAUUAUGGAGCUUGUGUACAGAAAUAUGCUCCAAGCCGUCUUGACGAACCAUUUGGGACGGCCCAAGGCACUUAAGAUGCACGACGUGAUACGGGAGAUUGCCUUACCGAUCUCCAAAGCCGAGAUGUUUUGUGAUGUGUGUGAUGACGAGGCAGAAGCAAUUGAAAACGUCAAAACUCGCCAUUUAUGCAUUCGGGGACAUAUGACAUCGGGCAGGAAAGGUAUGAACCUCAGCUCUCUCUUGGUGUUCUCUGCUACUAAUCCGGAAAUUGCUCUACCGCCUCGCAUGAAGCUUUUGAGAGCUUUAGACCUUCAAGACUGCACUGUCAACAAACUGCCAGAUUCUCUGGUGAAAUUAUUCAACCUCAAGUACCUGAAUUUGAUGAGAACACAGGUAAAGGAACUCCCGAAAGCGUUCCAUAAACUCCUUAACUUGGAAACCCUAAACACUAAGCACUCCAAGAUUGCGGAACUUCCUCUCGGGGUGUCAAAGUUGCAAAAGUUACGCCAUUUGAUUACUUUCCGCCAUAACGACGGGCACGAUUCUGACUGGAACUAUGUUUUAGGCACUGGUGUUCCCUCUGAUAUUUGGAAACUAAAGAACUUGCAGGUCAUGGACUGCAUCAACGCAAAAACUGAGCUUAUCAAGAAACUCGGUAACAUGACACAACUCACAAGGAUCAGUCUUGCCAAGGUUAGGAAAGAUCAUGGAAAUGAUUUAUGCAAUUCUCUCAACAGGAUCACGGGUCUACGGUUCUUAUCUUUGACUUCGAUUGACGAGGAAGAGACAUUAAAGAUAGAUACAUUGUCGUCAACUACAAACAUCGAGAAGCUCUUCCUAGCUGGGAAACUAGAGAAAUUGCCUAGCUGGUUUACAACUCUUCACAGUCUUUCGUAUCUCGGCCUGCGUUGGUCUGGACUAGAUGAAGACGCAAUCCGUUGUAUCAAAGGGCUUCCCAAUUUGGUAUGGCUUUCUUUUUACAAUGCAUACCGAGGAAAUAAGCUUUGCUUCUCAGGAGGGUUUCAAAAUCUGAAAGUAUUGGAGGUUGUUCAGAUGCCGCGGUUGGGAGAAAUCAUUAUAUGUGACGGGUCGAUGCCCGAUCUCCAGAAACUGUAUGUAAUUGCUUGCAGAGGGAUGAAAUCGGUACCCAACGGGAUUGAAAGUCUUGUCAAACUUCAAGAACUGCAUUUGAUUCAUGUUUCAGAUCAACUAGUGGACAGCAUCUGUGGGGAGAAGAGCAUAGACCGAUCAAAGGUUGAACACAUUCCUACCAUCAAACACUAUUUCAGAACAGGAAACGGUUCUUACUAUGAAAGCCUCUCCUGAUUUCAUACUUAGGAACCACGACGAACGAGAAGGUUACAGUAAAAGAGUUUCGCUCUCGGCUUGAUAUCUAGGUGACGUGCCCCUCAAGGUACGCUUGAUAUCUAGGUGACGUGCCGCUCAAUAAAAGAGUUUAAUAGGUUGGGCUUGACCCACAAACCCAUAGUACCCCAAUUAAACCCAUUUACUUUACUUAGUUAACCAAAUAUAUAAACGAAACUCUUUGGUGCCAUAUGUCUUAACAAAAUUAAAUUAUAAAUCCUGAUAUAUCAAAUUCUGAAUUCCAACAAUUCAGAUUUGAAAUUCGAUUUGAAAUUUA